AUGGUAGAUACUUCUGUGUUACCCGAAGAAGAUGUACCCGAGAGUACUGAAGAACAGAACGCCACUUCAAAGAAACAUGAUAUACGCUUCUGGGCAAUUUUCCCGGGACUCUGUCUCACGGCUAUUCUGACCUCACUGGAAUCCACUAUUCUCGCAACUGCUUUGCCAACAAUCGUCAGCGACCUUCAUGCUUCAACGUUGUCUGUGUGGGCUAUCAAUGCAUACACCCUCACAUACACCGCGGUCCAACCUUUAUUUGGACAGACUGCAGAUCUCUUUGGCAGAAAAUCGAGCAUUGUGACUUCUCUUGCCUUGUUCCUGAUCGGAUCCGGUGUUUGUGGUACGGCUAACAAUGUAGCAACGCUGGUUGCGGGUCGAGCAAUCCAAGGACUGGGAGGAGGGGGAAUCAGUAUCUUACCGCCAAUGGUCGUCAGUGACUUGGUACCCCUAAGAGAAAGACCGAAAUAUAGCGCCGUCAUUCUGGGUGCUACCGCCAUGGGUACGUUUCUUGGGCCGAUUGUUGGCGGGACCAUGAUAGAUCACAUUGGUUGGAGAUGGGUGUUUUGGUUCAAUCUCCCUAUUGCAGGAGUUGCAAUUGGUUUGGUGGGCGUGUUUAUGAAAGUCAACCACGGCCGAACGGCGUCUAUAUGGAAACAGCUUUCUCAGAUAGACUACGUGGGAAAUAUUUGGUUGAUGACCUCGGUAGCUUCAGUGCUCUGGGCCCUUUCAACGGGAAGUGGUGACCAUGCGUGGACUUCAUGGCGAACAUUGCUUACGCUCUUACUAGGAAUUUUCGGCAUUCCGGUCUUUAUCUUGUUUGAGUCAUCCAAAUAUUGCCCAGUACCAACUGUCCCAAUCCGCCUUUUCAAACACCCAACUUCCGCCUUGGGAUUUUUGGCGAGCUUUCUAAAUGGCGUAUGCAAUCAGUUCUCAUUCCCCUUUACAAACCUUCUCCUAUCAAUGAAUCUUCGUUGCCUGAAUAGAAGCAGUACUAACUUUCGCAGGUUAACAUAUAUUGGGCGAUAUACUUCCUGCCAGUCUAUUUCCAGGCAGUGUUACAAGCAACGCCCCAGCAAUCGGGUAUCAAUAUUCUUCCAAUUCUAAUACCAAUCAUUCCUUCAGGGAUUUGUGGAGGCUUUUUGAUCUCCAAGACCGGUAGAUACAAACCUAGCCAGAUCAUGGGCUUCUCGCUUGCAUCCAUUGCUUUAGGAUGCUUUGCAACUCUCGAUCGGGGUUCGCCAGUAGCUCUCUGGAUUGUUGUUCAAAUCAUCUUUGCUGCUGGGGCUGGUCUCUGUAUAACGUCUGCUCUUCCCACCAUUCAAGCUCCUUUACUUGAGUCGGACGUUGGAGCUGCAACAGCGGUUUGGGGGUUUGCCCAGGGGAUGGGAUUCAUUUGUGGAAUGGCAAUACCAACCAGCAUAUUUGAGUCCAAGUUUAGGACUUUGCUACCGACUCUUGAAGAUGUCUUGGUGAGAGAAACACUGAGAACUGGGGGUGCGUACGAGCAUGCUUCGCAUAAGUUCAUCGGAUCAUUGGGUGGAGCUGUUCAAGAACAGGUAGUCACUGCCUUCGAGAUUAGUUUGAAGCUCGUUUGGGAGGUGGGUGUAGCGUUCUCCAUUCUUGGUGUAGUAGCAGGUCUGGUUGUGAAGGAGGUUUCAAUGAGGGAGACUUUAGAGACUCGUUAUGGAUUGGAAAACAUUGACAAAGUGUCAGACCCAGAGGUUCCUCAAACCAAAGCUGCCGAUUCCUCAGAAUCUGUAGAUCCAAUAAACGAGAAAGACUCUAGAUAG